ACGACGUGGCUAUGUGUUGGUGAAGCUGAACGUCGUCGUCGUCGUCGUCGUCGUCAUCGCCGUCGUCGUCGCCGUCGUCGUUGCUGCCGUGGGGCUGUCCGCAGAAGGGAAAGGAACCUAACAGUCGCUAUCACCAAUCGGAUAAUCAUGGCUACUAAUAUCGUCACUACUAACAACGCUGCAACUACUACUACUACUAAUCCUCGCCGUCCUGCCGUGAUCGUCGCCGUUACAACGACCAGUUGUGAGUGAGUGUGCGUUGCAAUAGUAGGCAACGCUUCGCAGAUACGCUUACGCGGACGGCCGAUUCGAAGCGACAGAUCUCCCCGUGUACAUAGUUGUGAAGUGUUAAGAAGAUAUCGAGAGUGAAAGAGAACGAGAGAGAAAAUGCGGCUGGCGCUUCUGCUGAUGCUGCUUGGAUGCUGCUGCUGCCUCUGCCUCACGGCUAGCGCACAGCAAGAGGAGGACAUACCGCACUCGGAGGUCGGCAACUGGGCCUUGAAAUUCGGUGUUGACCUCUGGGCUUUUGGCAGGCAACUCACCAGAAUGCACGACAUUAAGCAGAAAUAUCGAACUCAGAAACCCGAAGUAAAGAAAAAAGACGGCCUAGUGCUCGUAAGGGAAAUGGCUGCUGAAGUUAAAAAUAUGAUGGACUUCAAAAUCAAUGCCGUGAUGAAACUUAUGGAAUACGCGGAAGAAGCAUCGAAAGCAGCAGCAUCGCCAAGUAGUACGAGUCAGCCGCCAAAGUACUACGCGAGCAAACAUAUCAAUUUGUUCAGCGACGAUGGUAAAUUACAACCAGGCUCACGCGAGAUGUAUCUAACUGGUAACCGACAUUUCGAUCAUAUCGCCGUCAACCUCAGCCUCUCGGCGGUACUCAUGCCGCCUGGCGUCAAGGACACUGAUGCGGACGUGGCAAGCGGACUUCAAUGGAGCGAAUAUCUCGACCCGCUGUUCGUCAACAAUUACGAGAGCGACCCGUCGCUCUCCUGGCAGUACUUCGGCUCGACUUCCGGCUUCUUACGCCGCUUUCCUGCAAUCUCAUGGCCACCAGUCGACACAUCGCCAGUGCAAAAUGGGCCAACGCGCGUGCGCGAAGUCGAUGAUUUCCGGCUGUCGGACUGGUUUGUCGGGGCGGCAACAUCGGUCAAGGAUCUUGCAAUCCUCAUGGAUGGAAGUGCGCUGUCAUACAGCAAAACCAAAGGAUUGGCGAUCGCGACUGUCAAUGCUAUACUCGACAGUCUCACGCAGAAUGAUUACGUGAACGUUUACAAAUAUGCUGAGAAUGCCGAGGAGAUUGUCAAAUGUUUCAAAGAUAGUCUCGUGCUUGCAUCGCCCGAGAACGUUAAAGAGUUGAAGAACGCCAUGAGCAGUUUGAAAGGUGACUCGUCGUCGAAUAUCUCAGCAGCAUUGAGCACAGCAUUCGAAAUUUUGAAUCGUUACAAUCGCUCAUCUUUGGGUAGCCAAUGCAAUCAAGCGAUAAUGCUGGUUACGUCGCGUACCGACAGUGCACCUGAGGAACUCAUUAAACGAUACAAUUUCCCGCACAUGCCAGUCAGAAUAUUUACCUAUGUCGUCGGUGGUGACAGCAGUCAAGAGCUCAACGACAUGUCGUGCACUAACAAAGGAUAUUAUGCACGAAUUAUCAACAAAGAAGAAAUCAACAGCAAAGUCGUCGAGUACAUCAAAGUAUUGGCACGACCAAUGGUUCUUUACCAACGCGAUCAUCCAAUUCACUUCAGUCCGGUCUACGUCGGUGGCAAAAGCAGCAGAUACGGCUUAGAAGGUCAAGGCCAACUGAUGACAUCAGUCACGGCACCCAUAUUGGACCACAGGAAUCACACGGUAAGAACUGCUAACUUGUUGGGUAUCGUUGGACUUGAUGUGCCGAUCGAGCAGAUACAAAAACUCGUGCCGCCUUACAAGCUUGGAGUGAAUGGUUAUUCAUUCCUAGUGGAUAAUAAUGGCCGAGUUUUGUGGCAUCCAGAUCUACGACCGUUGCCUGGAAAUACCGAAUACGAGGAAACUUUGAAGCGAAAAUACCUUAGCGUCGAUCUGUCGGAAGUCGAACUUACUGAAUACGACGGGCCGUCGCAUUCGAACAAUUCGCUGCUUCUUGAUAUGAGAAAAGAAAUGAUUGAUCAGAAAGAAGGUGAAACUUAUUUCUCGGUGAAAACCCAUUACGACGAUAUGAAACGAGUUUCGAUACGGCGACACAAUUAUUAUUACAAGAAAAUCGAGGAUACGCCAUUUUCGUUGGGAUUGGCAUUACCUGAAGGUUAUGGGAUGUACGAGUUACACGCUGAGCAAGAGAUUAGACAUACGCAUACGAAUGUUACGCAAUGGUUCCAAGGCAAUCAUUGGAAGGUUCAUCCAGAUUGGACGUACUGCGAGUAUUACUUCGAGUCGGACAAGUGGUUUGCCACGCCCGAAGAACGCGUACUACACUUUCUAACUCUGGCCCACGGUCAAGGUUGGAAAUGGAGAUCCAUGCGGCCUAAAUCUGCCAAAUCGGCCAAUAAACCAGAGAAAGACUCGUAUUACUGCGAUAAGCGGUUGUUGCAAUCGUUGGUUUUGGAUGCAUACGCGACCGAAGGAUUUGGUAAUCCAAGCCAGACGCCACAGAAGGAGGGAGACCCCAUUGCCAUACUGAUGGCUGUACUGCAAAGCCAAGGUAAAGGAAGAUUCGACGUUGUACGAAGUUUCAUCGCAACGAGAAGUGGAUUAUUACGAUGGCACGAUCAUCAGCCAUACGAUGACUCGAUGGAAGCUCCGGACUUUGCCGACACGUACAGAAGAUCGAUGAAUUCAGCCUGGUAUAAAAGAGCGGUUGAUCAACACGCGAUCGAACCUGAAAGUUUCGUCUACAGUGUACCAUUCGAUCCUGUUGACAGACCACUGGUCACAGCAACGCACGCAAUCUUCUUCGAGGAAAAAGGUCAUAAAGCUCCAGUGGCUGUGGUUGGUAUACAAUUCAAUCAUGCAUCUCUAGCAUCGCAUUUCGUUAACGUCACGUCCACGUGUUCGGGCAAUAAUUGCAAGAAGAAUUGCGCCUCCGAAGAUUUAGACUGUUACAUUUUGGAUAACAACGGUUUCGUUAUCAUCAGCGAGAAAAAUAAACAUACUGGCAAAUUUUUCGGGGAAAUCGAUGGAACGAUUAUGGAUUCAUUGGUUCAAGACAAAAUAUUUAAGCAAGUUAGCGCAGUAAACUAUCAAGGAAUAUGCUCGCCACAGUCAUCGCAAAUAUCAGCGGCGCCCAAUUCGGCUGUGUAUUCAAUUAUGAAAACCAUAGCUGCCAUAGGUCAUUACAUGUUCACGUGGACGAUCAAUCUUAAUUUGGCUGAUGCAUUAGAACCUGUAUACGCUUGGGCUGCUGAUGAUGAUGACGAAGAAUUCCCAGAGGGCGACAAUUACCAGCCAGGCAUGAUCGAUGAUGUAACGAUAGAAAAUGACAAUGGACCUCCGCCAAUGGUACAACAAGCGACUCCUCCACCAUCUACAUCUCACUCAACUACAACGAACAUUCCGACGCACAAACUGCGUACUUGUGAAAAGAAAACGGACCUAUAUAUUUUGCAACCAGAACGAUUAAAUACUCAACCAUUGAAGGGUAAACUUACCAACUGUCAUUCAUCAGGCUGCGAAAGACCAUUCAGUUUACAAAAGAUUGCCCAUACGAACCUAAUUCUCCUGGUAGUAGACACGGUAUGCCCAUGUGGGAACAAGAAACUUGGAAUUAGGCCAUUUGAGGCAAGAACCGAAGCAGGUGCAUGCACUGCAAGACGCGAACGACUUUACCGUCGUAAGCAUCCAUCCAAAUGCAUCAGCUAUCAUCCUGAAGAGAUGGAAAUCAAGGUAUGCGGUGGCGCAUCCAGAAUAAUCAAUUCUCAGUUUGGAUUACUUCUCGUUGGUUUUCUCGUCGCUCACCUCACGUGACUCGGCGAUCAUUAAGCGAAACUCGCGCGUUAACACAAUACGCAGUUGGAAAGUAAAAAAGAAAAAAAUAAUAACAGACUUCCUGUUGAUUGCUGAAUUGAGGAACAGUAGUCGACAUAUCGGUAAAUUAUCGACUGAGAAAGUGCCGUGAAAAAGAUAGCUUUCUGGUUUUUACUAUUCAUAAUAAAAAGAAUAGAUUUCUACCAUAGAAUCUGAUUCCGUUAGUAAAGUUUGGAAGGAAAUUUAGUCAUUAGUUCGACGUACUAAAACCUAAAUUUGUUACUGAUUAGCCAAAGUACCAUAGAAAAGUAUUUGUUUUAACGAUGAGAAUAUUUUUACACGUGUGGUAGUGUAAAAGUUUAUCGCUGACAGAAAAACUAGAACAAUUAUACAUUUUUAUAAAGAAUGUAUGAAACCUACCACAUAUAUCGUCCAGAAAAAAUCAAUUUUCGUUGUGCUAUAUUCAACGAAUAAUAUUUUAUAAAUCUUAUAUCUACGGUAAUAACGAUUGCUUUAAACUACCAUAGAUAAUAUUAAACGUCAUAUAAAGGUUAGAACUUAUAUCAACCUUCGAGCUCAGUCGGUAAAGAAACUUGCAAAUCGACAGAAAGCUACUAUACCCAACGGCAGUCAUACAGUUAACAGGAAAGUAAAAGUUAAAUAAUUUUCAACUACGUAAGUAACAAAAAAAAAUAACAACAAAAUAACAACGAGCGAUUUUCAAAGAAAAUUGUUCAUAAAUGCUACAUAUACCCGUCACGACAGUUUUCCUUUUUUUAAAAACAAGAAGAAAGAAAAAAAUAAUUGCGAAGCAAUAGAACAGUAAACGAAAAAUUCCAGUAUGGAAUAAUGCGAAAAUUCGAAAUGAAACGCUCAGCUCCCUAGAGAAGCACAAAAAAAUCCUAUAUUUUGCAAAACUCUUUCUUUUAAGAGAAUUCCUGAGAGAGACAACGUGAGUGUAAAGAAAAAAGUGUGACAGUAUUAAGCGCGUAAAAAACAAAAAAAUGUUUUAUCUAGCUUUGGCACACUCGAAAAGUAAAAAAAUAGCGUCGAGAAUAACUAUGGUCCGAAACGAGGAGUCGAGACACAUAAAAAUGCUAACCAAAAGAAAGGACCCGAGACAGCUAGAGAAGAUUGAAAUUCCUGGCGCUGGCAGCCAGUCGAAAACAAGAGCUUUUUUCGUUUAUCAAUCGCAACGAGAUAUUACUGAUAGGUGGCAAAAGGGGGGACAAAAAAUUAAAAAAUUCAAAACCAACACAAUGCGCACAUAACUUGGACUAUUAAAAUGAAAGAUCUAAAUGAAAAAGAACAAACGCGAUGCCUACUUUAGGAUAAGUAUAUCAGCAACUAAAACCACAAACCGUGAGAUUAUUACAUGUAAUCUAGGCUCGAUGAUAUACAUGUCAUUUCUGCACAGACGUGAGAAACCGUCCACAUUGAAAAAAAAAACAAUAACUUCACUAAAAUAAGCGCUCUAAAUGGUUUUUCUAUUUGAAGCGCUAGAUCAUUGUGCGGGUACUUUUUUGGUUGCAUCGACCAUUCGAAAAACGCGUGUUUUAUAAACAAUAUAAUGCUCUUUACAUAAUGCCUAUUCAGUUGAUAAAUUAUGAUCUUGAAAUGCACAAGUGUGCGUGUGGGUCAAAACCAUAGCAUAAAAUCAAAUAACUGAUUGUUACUUGGAUUUUUUUAUCUGAAAAAUUACUGAUAGAAUAAAUAUAUGAAGAUUGUAUCAGAUGAAAAUAUGAUUACACUUGCGAAUGACACACGCGUAUUCUUACGAAAAGGUGCAUUUUAUGAUGGAAUUAGAAUGAGAUGCUUCCCUACUAUAAAUUCUUACAUCAGUUCUAAUGUAAGAAACAUCGCUAGAUCCCGUGGGAUGUUUUCGCCCCCUAUUUCUUAUGCAUGAACCUGUUCUCAUGCAAGA